UAACAUUGAUUUCACAGCUAUUUCAAAAUUUGUUUCAAUCGAUUCAACUUAUUCUCCUGGAACGUCAGCUGCUGCGCAUGUUGAAGUUGAUCGACUGCUUUCAUUGCUUGAAGGGAAGAAGGCUAAAAUCGAUCACAUAUUAGAUUCACAGCAUGUAUAUGCAGUGGGUAUUGAUUUUCAAAAAGGUUAUUCUAUGCCGUGUAUCACUUGCUGGGUCACCAAGUAUCUUGAUAUUGCUAUUAAAGAACAGCUAUCAGACUUAUUUGAGAAUGAGUUUGAAAUUAUAGAAACAAUAUUGACACCUACAGAUACAGACUUCAAUAAUAGCAAUAGUACACCUCCUUCCGUUACAUCAGCAAGUCGAGUCAUUACUAAAGAAAGUUCAGAGAUUUUUCAAGAAUUUGACAUCGUUGCUGCUAUCCAUGCAAAUGUUGACCCUACUAAUGGGAAACACAAAAUUUUAAAAUUCUUUGUUGAUGUAAAAGAAUGUGGAAUGGGACCUAUGAUCAGUGAAAAGUCGUCACUUCACAAAUUGGGUUUAG